AUGAACGAUCGCUCUUAUCACCACAGUGGCAGUUAUCUUUUUGGCGCUCCCACCGCCUCGCCUCGUUGCCCUUAUCAUGGACAAUCAUACAGGCCGGAACAUUGUUCACAUUGUUUGAAUAUCCUCUUACUGGCCAAUACUGGUGGUCCACUUAGUAUUCAACCAGCGCCGCUACACAACACUGGGGUUUACUCGCCCACAAGCCCCAUUCAAUCAAGUCCUGACUCGACCUCAAGCGUGUCAUUCUCAUCCCCCACUUCUGCUUCGAGUCAGGAGAGCUUCAACUGGAAUGGCGUCAUGCACCCACCCCCCCCUUCACAGUCUCAGACCUUCACGAACCAGCAUUUCCUCGCCUCUCCGCGUCCGGUUGGAUCACCCGCGGUGACUACCGCCGCUAUUUCUCAACGGCAGAAGGAACCUACGUUCUUCUGCGGUGUGCCUGGGUGCACGUCUCAGGGAUUCACCGAGAGACACAACUGGCUAUAUCAUAUGCGGUCCCAUAAUGACGAAAGGCCCUACCCUUGCGCGAAAUGCAGUAAAUCUUUCAGGUCCCGUUCUGAUCUCACACGACACGGCAAAGGCAGGAAAAGUUGUAACAGGAGACCGUACUAG